AUGAUUUAUGAAUUAAAAGACUUUAUUCCAUUUAUUGAGUUUAUUUUGAAUCAAGACAAUAAGAUAUUAGACACACCAAUAUAUGGUCAACUUUGGAUAAUUGGACCCUUAAUUCAAGAGUCCAGUAACUUAAAAUUUACCACAACUAAAGACUUUUUGGAUUACAUUAUUCAAUUCAAUACGAUUAGUGGCUACCUGUUAGAGUUUAGUGGAGAUUUAAAUAACAGUAUUAAUAUUAAACACUUGCCAAGAUUAGCAUGUAUUAACUUUGAGGGAAUCUUAAUGUUGCAAAAAAGAUUGAAGGGGAAACAAACAUUUUCACAAAUACCCAACUCCAAGAAUCGUAACCCACCAACUAACUUAUUACAGAUUUUGGAAAUUCUGUCAAAGCAUGAAAUGUUACCGUAUUCCUCCACCAACAAUGAUAGUAGUAACUUUUCUAGUGAAUUGUCACUUGGUGUUGAGUUUUUACAAGAGUUGAUUAAUAAACCCACCGCUAGAACAAUUUUGAAUAAACAAAAGGCACGGUUAAGAACAAUAGAAAAACCUUUCCAUUCAAUUUGCAAUGACCAUAAUCAUAUCAAUUUGCUAGCUACUGUUGGGUUGAACAAAAAAGAAUAUAGUCAUUUUGGCUCUAAACAAACAACACCUGUAGAUGUUGUUCGUCAAAGAAUACUCAAGUGUAGAAACAUUUUAUCAAAUGAUGUAUACAAAUGUGCUCAAGAUAAAAUUCAUUUUUUACCUAUUAUUAAUAAUCAUACAGAUUUGAAUUUAGGAGAUUGUUCCUAUUUGGAUACUUGCCAUAAAUUGAAAUCUUGCCGUUAUUUGCAUUAUUAUACACUUGCUCCUAUGAAAAAAGAACAGUCACAAGUUAGCGAAGGACAACAGCAGCAACAACAACAACAAAGACAAAUAAAAUUACAAGGACUUGAAUACACUAGUGGAGACUGUUUUUCAGAAUCUUUCAGAGAACCAUUACCUCCUCAAUGGAUUAAUUGUGACGUGAGAUGCUUGCCAUUUUCAAUAUUAGGCAAGUUUGCAGCUAUUAUUUCUGAUCCAGCAUGGGAUAUACACAUGUCAUUGCCGUAUGGUACUUGCAAAGACGAUGAGUUAUUAUCUUUACCUAUGCAUGAAUUACAAGAUGAGGGUAUCAUUAUGUUGUGGGUAACUGGAAGGUCCAUUGAAAUCGGGAGACGAGCAUUGUUGAAAUGGGGAUAUCAAAUCUAUGAUGAAAUGAUUUGGAUCAAGUUAAACCAAUUGAGAAGAACGAUUGUCACUGGUAGAACCGGACACUGGUUAAAUCACUCCAAAGAACAUUUAUUGGUUGGACUUAAAGGAAAUCCAACCUGGAUUAAUAAGAAAAUCGAUACCGAUGUUGUUGUUAGUCCCACUCGUGAAACAUCAAGAAAACCUGAUGAAUUUUACGAUAUUGUGGAAAGAUUAGUGGGUACUCAUUCAAGAAAAUUAGAGAUAUUUGGUAGAGACCAUAAUACUAGACCAGGAUGGCUUACAAUUGGAAAUCAAUUACAAGGGGUUUCAUUAUUUGAACCAGAACUCAAAUAUAAGUACGAAUUAUAUAAACAAACAACAACGGGUGCAACUGCUGCUACUACUACUAGCAGUGGUGGUGGCGGAAAAUGA